AUGGCGUCCUCGCCGCUUUCAUGCUUGCAGCAAGCCUCGGCCUGCACGGCUGCCAGGCUGACAAAUCUAUCCAGCUCCCGUAGCUGCCACGUCAGCAGCCAGCGCCUCUCGCUCCCCUCCCUCGCCUGCUCCAGCACCUCCGCGUCUCGCGCCGCAUCCGGCGGCGCGGUGCGCGUGAGCGCGGUGAAGAAGCAGGAGGAGCUGGCGGAGAUCCGCGGGAUGGGGACGGCGGAGAUCGAGCAGGCGGUGGUGGACCUCAAGGGCGAGCUCUUCCUGCUGCGCGCCAAGCAGGCCACGCGCCUCGAGUUCAAGCCCAGCGAGUUCGGCCGCAUUCACAAGCGGAUUGCACGGAUGCUGACUGUGAGGCGGGAGAGGGAGUUGGAGCAGGGCAUUGGAAAGAGGGAGUCAAGAAAGCUGGACGGAGCAUGGAAGAAGAGCAUUGUGCCGCGUCCACCGCCCUCUUACAACCCGGAGGAGUGGAAGAAAUAG